UGCGCAGCUCGCUCAUCAAGCUUGUCGAGAAAAUGUUCUUGAGUUCAAAUUCAAUAUGUCAUUUUCAGGACUACCACAAUUUGAUGGUAGAAUUUACAUAUCAUUGAAACGAGGCUUAGAAAAUGCUCAUUCAGGAUUAAAUCAUGCUCUUGGUCAACAUUUUAUCAAAGAAAUCGUAUCAACAAAACGAUAAUAACGAUUACUUUAUGUGAGACACAAAUAAAUUCUUUAAUUCUAUCGCUGGUUACAAUUAUCUACUUCAGUUCUGUUGUAUUGAAAGAAGUCUCGUUUAAGUACCGUACUUGUUUCAUUGACAAAUAUUUAAGCUUGUGCAGUUUACAGCAGGCAUGUUUAGUUUGGGAGAAAUUGAUUGAAUUGAAAAAUGAUUUCUUCGAUACGAGUCUUCGACGAGAUUUUCUUAAACGAGUGCGUGCGUAGUUUCAAAGUAAUAUUACGUAAGGCGUAUUAUACACACAAUAAUGUUGCAGCUACGUGUGCGGCCACUAUCGCGUCAGGCAAAAUUUGUUCACCACCAUAACCUAACGCAUUGUCAGGCAUUAUUACGUUCAAAAAACAAUUUACAGACGUUCACUACGUCGUUAGUUCGACAAGUAGCAACAACUUCGAAUUCAAGGAUGGAACGACACGACGAUCGCUGCCAGCUCAACCAAGUUCGCUCGGAGCUACUGAUGAUUUUCAAGGCUGGUCUCACAGCGGUAAUGUCGCAUCGUCUGAUCGAGUCCAAAAUAACCGCCGGUGAUGAUAAUAAUGUUCUCAAAAUCGAAGACACCCAGGGAAAGGUACACUCGUGUGUACUCGGCGAUUCUGUUUACAUAAUUGGCUUUGGAAAAGCCGUUGCUGGUAUGGCUCUACCGCUCAAACAGCGACUUGCUCGCGGAUUUCGACGAGCAAUACUCUCGAUACCUAAUGGAUCUGUGAGCUCCGAGGCACCGAUCGAAAUAACGCCGGAACUCCAAGAUGUGAAGGUCAAUAGCCAGCUAAUAUUGGAUAAUAUCGAAGAUGUUCGACGAGACGCAACUUUCGAAGUUUACGAAGGUGCGACGAACAAUCAACCGGACUUGGCCUCGUUAGAGGCGUCGAAAAAGAUCCUCGAGCUAGUGGAGAGGGUCGAAGAACGUAGCCAGAUCUUCGUUCUUAUUUCUGGCGGUGGAUCAGCUCUGCUUAACUCACCCCGGGCGCCGUACGUCGACUUUCAAACGAAAAUCAAUUUAUGUCGUAAAUUACAAAAUUUGGGAGCCGACAUACGCGAGCUCAAUGUUGUACGUAGUUUUCUGUCGAGCGUCAAAGCUGGUGGCUUGGCGCGAGUAGCUUUAAGAAGGCAUGUUUCGGUACAUAGUUUAAUAUUGUCCGACAUCGUUGGUGAUCCAAUCGAAUCGAUCGCCAGUGGGCCGACUUCUUACGUUGAUUUAGGUCAAAUUCGGCAAGGGACUAUUGACAUUUUGAGGAAGUAUGGCUUAUUCGAGAGUUGCGAGGAAAGUUUGCGACGCUCACUGUUGUCGAAUGAUUCCAGCAGCGAUGUAAGAGACAAUGUCACUAAGGACGAGUUUCAAGAGUCAGUGAGCAACAUUGUCAUUGGCAAUAACGACAUAGCCCUGAGCGAAGCUGCUGAACGCGCGAGGCGCGAGUAUGGCUUGGAGGUGAUACGCUUGAGCCGUAGCGUGCAAGGCGAUGUGGGCCGAGUCAGCCAAGCCUAUGCCAAAUUUACCAGAAUCGUUUGUCGAGUAUUGAAAGGGGCCUAUGAUAAUGUAGGAGAUUUUAUGGGAGACGCGCUCGAGCAACGAUUCGACGUUCUCGGCGUAACCGAGGACAUUCUAGCGCGAACUUUCGAACGACUGAACGCGCCGUCCAUCGAUCAAAGCGGUGUUCUAUUGCUGGCUGGUGGCGAGCCCACGGUUGUGCUCAAAGGCACAGGGAAAGGAGGUCGUAAUCAGGAAUUGGCUCUGCGAUUUUCGCUUGAUUUGGCCGAGGCGCUCGCGAACGACCCCGAGCUGGAAAAAAAAUAUUUCAUAUUGUUCCUUAGCGCAGCCACGGAUGGUCAAGAUGGUCCGACUGACGCAGCGGGUGCCUUCGGCUGGACCGAUUUACCGCGGCAAAUGCAUCGAAUGGUGCGAGACUUGCAAAAUUCCAUUGCUUCCAAUAGCGAUUCUGCUAAAAGCAACAUAUUGAAAGAAAAGUUAAAGAUACUCAUAGAUUACCUACCUGAGUCAGUUUUGAAUUCAAACGACAGUUACAAUUUUUACAAACGAUUUCAUAAUGGACAUUAUUUAGUCAAAUCUGGACUGACCGGUACGAACGUUAUGGACUUACAUUUUAUUUAUAUUAAAAACCGAAAUUGCGACUUCGAUGAAAAUCAUUUACCAUUUCAAACAACGAGCUACAAUAGUUUUUUAAUCGAAGAACCUUAGGCAAAUUCAAUUGGUGCUUUAUUUCUACAAAGAAAAGGAAAUGACUUAUCACAAAAAAGUUGCACAGUUAUUUUUAUACUUUAAUUGUUAUAUAUUUACAAAAUACUUAAAUAAAUCAUCUGCUUGAAGUA